CCCUGGGUCCAGCUGAUGACAUGCUCAGAGCUGCGGGUGGCCCGCCCUGGCUGAGCAGAGCUGCGUCAUGGCUGCUCAGCAUAGGCUUGGCUGGGCUUCAGGAACCGCCCUCCUGCACCUGGUCUAUAUUAGUUCUCCUCCGACAGGAAGAAUUUUCUUUUGCUGGCCCAGCUGGUCCGAUUACCUUCAGGAAGAUUGGAUAAUCAAGAAAUGCAAGAGUCUGCUGUGCAUUUGAAAAUGAUGCCAGAAUUCCAGAAAAGUUCAGUUCGUAUCAAGAACCCUACGCGAGUAGAAGAAAUCAUCUGUGGUCUUAUCAAAGGAGGAGCUGCUAAACUUCAGAUAAUCACAGACUUUGAUAUGACACUGAGUAGAUUUUCCUACAAAGGGAAAAGGUGCCCAACAUGUCAUAAUGUCAUUGACAACUGCAAGUUUGUUACUGACGAGUGUCGAAAAAAGUUGGUGCAGCUGAAGGAGAAGUAUUAUGCUAUUGAAGUUGAUCCUGUCCUCACUGUGGAAGAGAAGUGCCCAUACAUCGUGGAGUGGUAUACUAAAUCACAUGGUUUGCUUGUUGAACAAGGUAUACAGAAAGCUAAACUUAGAGAAAUCGUGGCCGAAUCAGACAUCAUGCUCAAGGAAGGAUAUGAGAAUUUCUUUGAUAAGUUGCGGCAGCAUGAAGUGCCGGUGUUCAUCUUUUCGGCUGGAAUUGGUGAUGUUCUAGAGGAAGUUAUCCGCCAAGCGGGAGUCUAUUAUCCAAAUGUCAGAGUCGUGUCCAACUUCAUGGAUUUUGAUGAGAAGGGGGUGCUGAGGGGGUUUAAGGGAGAACUGAUCCACGUAUUUAACAAGCACGAUGGAGCCUUGAAACAUAGUGACUACUUCGGCCAAGUGAAGGACAACAGUAACGUCAUCCUGCUGGGGGACUCCCAGGGGGACCUGCGAAUGGCGGAUGGGGUCGCCAAUGUCCAGCAUGUCCUGAAAAUCGGCUAUCUAAAUGACCGGGUAGAAGAGCUUUUGGAAAAGUACAUGGACUCUUACGAUAUUGUUUUAGUCAAAGAUGAAUCAUUGGAGGUGGCCAACUCUAUUUUUCAGAAGAUUCUAUAACAGGUGUGUUUCUAGAAGGCCUCAGGCACAGCUUUAUGGACUGCCUCAUCCAUUGUGCUGAAGGACUCCUGUUUAUAAUGUGGUUUUGCUCUUGAAGUUUUCACUAUAUGGUUGAAAUGCUUUCAGACCUGUCAGUUCGUCAGCUGGAAACUCCUCUUGCCCACCUCAAGACACUCCUCGCCACAUUUUAAAAACUGCUUUUUUAAAAAACUUAAAGCCAAAAUUAGAAAGGUAUUUCCCCACUUAUCCAGAAUGAGCCUUUUGUUUAAAGGUAUCACGAGGUCUUCAACCACAGGGAUGUUUGUAGAAGUGUUAUGAAAUGGUGAGAAGCUGCAUGAUUUGUAGUGUGGCUGCUCCAUUGUGGAUUGUGAUGACCAUGGGUGUCAGCAGCUCCUGCGCUUGUGUUACACAACCAGUCACCAUUUCCUAGGAAACACUGGCAGGUGUGUUUGGAACAUAGCCAAUCAUGUUUCUGAGUGUUGCAGGUUUUCCAUGUUAUGCAGUGACAAUACACAUAUGGACAUGCAAA